AUGGAGAGCGAUGUCCCGCAGGGGUCGGUGCUCGGCCCCCUGCUAUGGGACAUCGGCUUCGACCGUGUCCUUCGCACUUCGCUCCCCAACGGCUGCCACGUCGUCUGCUACGGAGACGACACGUUAGUGGUGGCCGAUGGAGGGAACUGGGAUGAGGCCCGCUUCCGCGCGGAGGUGGCAGUGGCAUCGGUGGUGAGAACCAUCGGAGACCUCGGUCUCAUGGUGGCGCCCCUGAAGACUCAGACUCUGCUGGCAUCCGCGGUGGUCAAGAGGCAGCUGAGGCAAGCCCUUAGGCCCCUAAUGAUCAGGGCGAUUCGGGGGAUCCGCACUGUGUCAUACAUGGCGGCGACCACCCUGGCGGGCUCCUCUCCUGUGGAGCUCCUCGCCGAGGAGAGGAGGAUCCUCUACUGGCGAGUGAAGCAGCUCCGCGAGGGGGGAGAGCUGACGGCCAGGGACCUGAAGGGCCUGAUGACCCAGGCCAGAGAUCGGACCCAGGAGCGGCUAUGUAACAUUUUUAAGAAGUAUGUAGAAAUACUUGUAUCUAUAUUCAUAUCUAUAUCUAUACUCACCAUCAAGUACAGGCAUAAGAAUAUUCCUUUGAGAAUCAGAAGAUCGCGGCAGACCGUGAGAGACAGUGAGUCGACCAGAUCAGCGACCAGGAGAGCUCUAGCGAGAAUGGUGAAGAGAAGUCGAUGA